UCGUUUUCCCGCCAUCACUCGGUAUCUCAGUCGGAAGCUUAACCGCCACCUGUCUCGCCGGCCGCGGAUUUCCACCGAAUGACUGGAUGUCAUUCGCUGUCGCCUCCGGCUUGGCCCGGUCCUAUAUAUUCUAUUCCUCACUCGCACUCUCUUCUUCUUCUCCAGAGCCUUCCAUCAACUUCAGCGCCAGCGGCCUCUGCCCUUUUGAUGGUUCGUUGCGACUUUGCAAACCCUAGAUCCUUUCCAGUCAAAGAGAGCGCAGCGCAGAACUGGAAGAAGCCUUCUCGUCUCGUUGGUGAAAAAGUAGAGGUGAGGAGUUUAGAAGACACGGCUUUCUUGGCUCUUGGCAUAGGGGCAUUGUUAUCGUGUGUAACAACGGAGUUCGUCAUGUGUCAUGAUGCGUGUUGUUUUUGGUUCACAACAGAGGAGGAUGCAGAGGAGGAUUUUAUUUCUGAAAUUGGGUGAUGAAUUGGAGGUUGGAAUUGAAACAUUUCGUAUUACCCAUUAGGAUUGAGAUGGAUUUGACAGAGACGUGGGACCUGGUCGUAUAUUGAGCUAAUUUCUCAACGUGAAAAAAUUCCUACCAUCCCGUUUCUUUCAAGCAAAAUACGGCAAUUCUAGUUGCCUUCUGUGGAGGAUUCCAACAUGCGUGCGACCUUCUCAAGUGCAUUUUUGGCAUUGUUGCAGUCCUAAUAAG